GUGGGCCCUGCCAGGCCGGGACUCCGGGACGCGGGCGGGUUCGGAGCCGGGCGCUCAGGACUUUGUUCAGUGGGUUGAGAAGGGUCAAGCAGGCCUUGUGAAUCAUAAGAGUCUAGAGAUUUUAGAGCGGCCCAUUCGAGAAGGAAGACUUCAAUUCUGUUGUGAAAUCCCUACACAAGAGGUUGGAGGGACCAAUGGCUGCAAAGUCCCAGCCCGACGCUCCCCAAACCAAGAGUCGGGACAGCUUUGCCAACGGUGGGGCUGCCACUCAGGGGCAGUGGGGCCGUGCCUGGGAGGUGGACUGGUUUUCGCUGGCCAGCGUCCUCUUUCUGCUGCUUUUGGCCCCUUUCAUCGUAUACUACUUCAUCAUGGCAUGUGACCAGUACGGCUGCUCCCUCACUGCCCCCGUGGUGGACCUCGCCACCGGGCGCGCUCAUCUCGCAGACAUCUGGGCCAAGACGCCGGCCGUGACGAAGGAAGCGGCCCAGCUCUACGCCUUGUGGGUCACGUUCCAGGUGCUUUUGUACUCGGCGCUGCCUGACUUCUGCCAUAAGUUUCUGCCCGGCUACGUGGGAGGCGUUCAAGAGGGCGCCGUGACCCCCGCAGGGGUUAUUAACAAGUAUGAAAUCAACGGCCUGCAGGCGUGGCUCAUCACGCACCUUCUCUGGUUUGCAAACUCGCACUUCCUGUCGCUGUUCUCCCCCACCGUCAUCUUCGACAACUGGAUACCGCUGCUGUGGUGCGCCAACAUCCUCGGCUACGCGGUUUCCACCUUCGCAAUGAUCAAGGGGUACUUCUUCCCCACCAAUGCCAAAGACUGCAAAUUCACGGGCAAUUUCUUUUACGACUACAUGAUGGGCAUUGAGUUUAACCCCCGAAUCGGGAAGUGGUUCGACUUCAAGCUGUUUUUCAACGGACGCCCUGGGAUCGUUGCCUGGACCCUCAUCAACCUGUCCUUUGCAGCCAAGCAGCGGGAGCUCUACGGCCAAGUGACCAACGCCAUGGUCCUGGUCAACGUCCUGCAGGCCAUCUACGUGCUGGACUUCUUCUGGAACGAAGCCUGGUACCUGAAAACCAUUGACAUCUGCCAUGACCACUUUGGGUGGUACUUGGGCUGGGGGGACUGCGUCUGGCUGCCGUACCUCUACACGCUGCAGGGCCUGUACCUGGUCUAUCACCCGGUGCAGCUGUCCACCCCCCACGCCGCGGGCGUCCUGCUGCUGGGGCUGCUAGGCUACUACAUCUUCCGGAUGGCCAACCAUCAAAAGGACCUGUUCCGCCGCACGGACGGCCGCUGCCUGAUCUGGGGCAGGAAGCCCAGGGUCAUCGAGUGCUCCUACACGUCGGCCGACGGACGCAGGCACCACAGCAAGCUCCUGGUGUCGGGCUUCUGGGGCGUGGCCCGCCACCUCAACUACACGGGCGACCUGAUGGGCAGCCUGGCGUACUGCCUGGCCUGCGGCGGGGGCCACCUGCUGCCCUACUUCUACAUCGUCUACAUGACCAUCCUGCUGACCCACCGCUGCCUCCGGGACGAGCACCGCUGUGCCAGCAAGUACGGCGGCGACUGGGCGCGUUACACCGCCGCCGUGCCUCACCGCCUGCUGCCCGGAAUCUUCUGAAGCCCCGCCCCGUGGGAGGGGCCCCGAGCCCGGCCUGCUGGGGCUGCCUCCCGCCUCCCCCCAGGAGCUUGCGACUCCUCGCCUGCGAAAUGGAAAGAGCCCUUCGCUUGGGGCGUCCCCUCCCCUUGUCCCUCGGCGAGCCCUGGGGGUUUCUAGGGCCUGCGCCCACCGGCGGAAGUGACCAGCGUUUCCCACGCGUGUUCCGCGGGCGGGUGGGGGCCCUCGCUCACCUCGGGCAGCCCGCGAUGACGACGUCUGUCCUCCGUGUCGUCAGCCCGAGCUCCUGUGCUUCCCGGACAUCUUCGGCUCCCUACCGCUUAGUCUCUCUGAAUCAGUCGGAGGCGCGCUGCACCAAGAAGGGGCUCCUGUUUCUAGUCUCGGUGAUUCCGUUUCAUUCCCCGGUCUCUCACGGCUCGGGGGGUGCAGUGGGGGGACAGCCAAGGCGCACGCCCAGAGCAUGCCGAGGUCCCGGCACCGGCCGUGGCUCCCCGUGUCCGGCCCUCUAAGCAUCCGGCCGCCAGCCUCGGCCUGCCGGCCCUCUGCAAGGGCUCUGCCUACGACUGCACACAUCGGCUCAGGCGACCCAGAGAACCUGUGUACCAUCCAGGGGGACUUCUCCAGCGAGAUCUGAAUCCCAGCCUUGAAGAGGGGGAUGUCUUCCAGGUGAAUUUUUUUACCCUGGGCACUUGCCCUUGACCCUAGGGUUUUCUUGAAAACUCUUUAAGCAUUACUGCCUUCGUUGACUUGGUAAUUCUUUAUAUUAAACUUGCCCUG